AUGGCCUUUGCCCCCGAGGAGUUUACUCCAGGAACAAGCCCAAUUAUUCAUGAGCUUUGCAGUUCUGGGGGAGAUCCCCCGCACUGGGAGCCCCUGUAUCGCCAGGCCUGCGACUUUGGUCCUGAAAUUUUCACGCAGCGCAUGGUCACCUUUAUUCGCAAUCCAAACCUGAACACGACCUGGUUGUUUCGCGGCGAUAUCCUCUUUGACGAUGAGCCGGGAUAUGGAGAGGAUACAGAGCAUCACGGGUCGCUGGACAUGGUGGGCAGUUUUGAUGUGGCCUGGCCGGAGCGUAGGGUCGUGGCUGGGAUGACGAGGACGAGGACCAUGGUGCGCAAAUUAAUUCCGCGAAACCAGCGGCGCGACGACCCUAUGAACCAGACGUGCGAAUUUCACCGAACCAGCACCUCUCAAGACGUCCCGACUCCCAGUCCUGGAAAGACGUCAACGUUGGUUCUCUACGUCCCGCACGCCCAAACGGUCGAGGAUAUGCCCUUUUACCACCCCAGCGUCCGCGCCAUUGCCCACCUGCACGAAUGGGACGCCGACACUCAACGAGGCUCUGUCUCCGUCCACUUCCAUCCCUUUCCCGCUGGUAUUUUCGUCGCAGACGAGAAGCUGCGCCGCGUGGGCUACCACCUCCUCGAGCGGCUGCACAAGCACGGCGAAAGCUCGCUGCGCGGCUACACCAAACGCGUGCACCACGAUGCCGUGAUCCCGCAGCCGCGGUUCCAGGACCGCUACUCGGCGCUCAAGAACAAGUAUGCGCGGGUCGUGAUGGAUGCCUGGGCGGAGACGACGGACCCGAAGAAGCACGUCUUCGAGGACCUCGGCAUCGCCGCGUUCCUGAUGGAGCUGUGGUCGGACAUGUACGGCGCGGACAGGGUCCGGUUUCCGGGGUUUGUGGACAUUGGCUGCGGAAACGGCUUGCUGGUGUACAUUUUGAACCAAGAGGGCUACCCAGGCUGGGGCUUUGACGCGCGGAAACGCAAGUCCUGGCUUCAGUACAGCACGACGCCGUGUGCCGCGUCGCCAACGGGGUCGUCGCUGGUGGAAAGGUGCCUGAUGCCGAGUGUGGUGCCCAAGCCUGAGAAUGAGACACCGAUUGAGGACGGCUUCAUCCACGACGGGUUGUUUGAAAAAGGCACAUUCAUCAUCUCCAACCACGCGGAUGAGCUCACGCCCUGGACGCCCAUCCUGGGUGCCCUCUCCGACUGCCCAUGGAUCUCCAUUCCCUGCUGCAGUCACGACCUGACAGGGGCCCGGUUCCGCGCACCGCCGCCGCGCGACAAGACGAAACCCAAGUCGACGUACGCUUCGCUGGUGGACUGGGUGGCGCAGAUUGCCGAGGACUGCGGUUGGACCGUCGAGACGGAGAUGCUGCGGAUACCCAGCACGAGGAACACGGGCCUCUUGGGACGACGACGAACAAUAGAUACACAAGACGUCAAUAUUGCAAGCGUAUUGGCAAAGUACGGUGGCGUUGCGGGAUAUUAUGCGAAUAUUGCCAAGUUGGUGAAGACAGGCCCACGAUCUCACUAA